GGCGCCCCGCACCAACAUGGCCGCCGCCUCCCGGUGAGCGCGGCCGCCGCGCGCCGGCCGUUGCUGGGCAUGCUCGCUGGGCGCCCCGCACCGACAUGGCGGCCGUCUGCGCGGGGGUGACUCUGGCUCUCGGCGCUCGGUCCUAGCCGCCCGGCGCCUUCUCCUUCCUCAGCUCGCAGCGCGCGGGAGCGGGUGCCCGGGAGCCGCGGGCGUCCGGCAGGAACAUGGCCGAGGGCGAGCGGCAGGCGCCGCCAGAUGCCUCCGAGGAUGCGCCCAGCACCCAGAGCUUCAUCAUUCCCAAGAAAGAGAUCCACACGGUCCCCGACAUGGGCAAGUGGAAGCGCUCGCAGGCCUAUGCCGACUACAUCGGCUUCAUCCUCACCCUCAACGAAGGCGUGAAAGGCAAGAAGCUGACCUUCGAGUACAAGGUGUCUGAGGCCAUCGAGAAGCUGGUUGUGCUCCUGAACACGCUGGACAGGUGGAUCGACGAGACGCCGCCCGUGGACCAGCCCUCGCGCUUCGGGAACAAGGCCUUCCGGACCUGGUACGCCAAGCUCGACCAGGAAGCAGAAAACUUGGUGGCCGCGGUGGUCCCCGCCCAGCUAGCAGCGGCAGUGCCUGAGGUGGCCGUUUACCUCAAGGAGUCGGUGGGGAACUCCACGCGCAUCGACUACGGCACAGGACACGAAGCGGCCUUUGCGGCCUUUCUCUGCUGCCUCUGCAAGAUCGGGGUGCUGCGGGUGGACGACCAGGUCGCCAUCGUCUUCAAAGUUUUCAACCGGUACCUGGAGGUGAUGCGGAAGCUGCAGAAGACCUACCGCAUGGAGCCGGCCGGCAGCCAGGGCGUGUGGGGGCUGGACGACUUCCAGUUCCUGCCCUUCAUCUGGGGCAGCUCCCAGCUGAUAGACCACCCGCACCUGGAGCCCAGGCACUUCGUGGACGAGAAGGCAGUGAGCGAGAACCACGAGGAUUACAUGUUCCUGGAGUGCGUCCUCUUCAUCACCGAGAUGAAGACGGGCCCUUUCGCGGAACACUCCAACCAGCUGUGGAACAUCAGCGCCGUCCCCACCUGGUCCAAGGUGAACCAGGGCCUCGUCCGCAUGUACAAGGCUGAGUGCCUGGAGAAGUUCCCGGUGAUCCAGCACUUCAAAUUCGGGAGCCUGCUGCCCAUCCACCCGGUCACCUCGUGCUAGCACCCGCCCGCGCCCCUCGGGGCCGCCGCCCAGCCCUGCUUGCCGUGGCCCGAGCUCGGGCGAGCCUGUGUGCCCACAGGGAGUGACUUCCUGCGCCCUGCCCCUGGGGGUCCUGCGGAGACCCGCCCGGCCCCCGCCCCGCCCUUGGUGUUGCUGUCUCCCCUCUGGGUGGGUGCUGGCUGCGGGGGCCCUCACCCCCCCCCCCCAGGCAGGGGCACUCAGGGACGUGGGUGGGGGCAGGGUCUGCUCCCCCUGCAGUGCUCCAUCCUGCUUCUGCCCCCUCCCCCAGGACAACUCUGAGCCCCCUGCCCCACUCCCCACUUGCACCCCGGUAAGCCGGGGACGGUCCAAGCCCCAGCUCCGGACUAGAGGCAGGGCGGCGGGCGGCGGGGGCUCGGGCGCCUGUCCCCACAGCCCUGCUUGUCCCUGGGCCCACGCCCUCGGGGGAGAGGCUCAGAAGCACAGUCCGGGGCCUGGGGCCGGGCGAGGCUGUGCCAGGUGCAGGCACAGCGCCCGGAGAGGCCCACCGCCUGCCCCCGACCACCGCCGGCCCCGCUCGCUGUUGGGAUUAAAGCCUCUUGCACCUGC